AUGGCUUCCACCAUGCCCGCCCAGCACGGCCACAGCGAAGGCUGCUGCAACAUCCCGCCCGUCGUCUCCAAGGGCUACGAGGCCAAGGGUAGCUACGAGGAGAUCGGAGGCUUCAAGACCUACGUCACCGGCCCCUCGGACGCGAAGAAGGCCAUCGUGGUCACAUACGACAUCUUCGGAUUCUUCCCCCAGACCCUGCAGGGCGCCGACAUCCUGGCCACCAGCGACGCCCAGAAGUACCGCGUCUUCAUCCCCGACUGGUUCGCCGGCGAGCCCGCACCCAUCGAGUGGUUCCCUCCCGACAACGAGGAGAAGCAGAAGAAGCUCGGCAACUUCUUCCAAAAGUUCCCCCCUCCCAAGAUCGCCGGCCAGGUCCCCGACUACGUCAAGGCUAUCCAAUCCAAGUACUCAAUCAUUGAGGCCUUCGGUGCCCUUGGUUAUUGCUGGGGAGGCAAGGUCGUUUCCCUCGUCACUUCUUCCAACAACAACCCCUUCAAGAUCGGCGCUCAGAUUCACCCCGCAAUGGUCGACCCCGAGGACGCAAAGGGCAUCAAGACCCCGUUGAUCUUGCUCGCUUCCAAGGAUGAGGGUGAGGAGGACGUCAAGAAGUUCGAUGAGAACUUGAACGUGACUAAGCACGUCGAGACCUUCAAGGACCAGAUUCACGGCUGGAUGGCUGCUCGCUCGGACUUGGAGGACCCUCGUGUCAAGGCGGAGUACACCCGGGGCUACAAGACUGUUCUCCAGUUCUUCAGCAAGAACUUUUGA